AUGGCCUUCACUUUCAUUGAUAACUCCGCGAUUGACCGCAGCGCCAGGAGACUCAUCCGCAGCCGUGCGGCUGAAGGGAAGAAUCUUGGAAAAGGGCGACCGAGAAAGACACCACGGAGAUCGGAGACUGCGGCCACAGCUGGGUAUCAGAUACCGACCAGGGAGAAGGAGCGGCCUCAACCCCAUGCCGUGGAUCAAGUCGCAAGACUGGAACGCCCGUAUUCCGACACCUUCUCCUCGGUUGCUUUCCCUUACGAGCUCACCCCCAGAUUGAGGAGUCUCUUACAUAAAGUCUUCUCAUUCAUUAUAGCAAAGCCUUAUCCGGUGGGACUGGUGGAUGCUAUUGCAGUUGACCAGUCUAAGUCACUCUGGGUUCCUUUAGUUUUCACAGACGAGGCCUUCUUCCACUGCACUGUUGCAACGCUUGGAAUUGUCCACGGCCCUCAUAUUAUAGGCAGUGAAGGUAGUGCAGAGACUGCAAAUCACCUUGCUCGUACAUUCCGCCUCGUCAACAACAAAUUAUCUGGACCGCAAGCAACAAGCAACACUACCCUCGCGGCGGUGAUCGCGCUGACGCAAUAUGAGCGCCUCCGUUCUCAGCACCGCCAAGGCCUCAUUCACCUCCAUGGCCUGCGACGAAUCGUGGAGAUGCGAGGAGGCAUUGGCAAAUUGAUCCAAGAGAGCCCAGGAAUUUCCCAGAAGAUAUUUAGGGCCGACCUCGAAUUCGCUCUUAAUCUUGGCACACCGACGAUGUUCAGCCAUACAGACCUGCCAAGCUACGAUGCCAUCGAACUGAUGGGUAGCCCCCUUGCAGACAUGACCCAGGUUGCGUCUACGCACCCACUCUUCGCGCAGCUGGAUACAGAUGUACUUCGUGUAUCGCAGUGA